UGAAUGAAUGAAUGGAAGGGUAUUUUUGGUCGCUGGAAAUGUCACACCUCUGCUCACGCAGUGACGGACGUUUGCAGCAGCAGAUCCAUGUGACUGGUAACACUAUUUAUAACAGCUGACCACCAGGGCCCCAGUCUGACAUACACAACACAAGGACAGAAGCACACACCAGAGCCCGAAAUGUUCCUGCGGGGACAAAACACUGGCGCCUUCCAAGAGGACGUCUUGUCCCUCUGCGACAGAUUGAAGAGUUUGUGAAGUAUCAAAAACAAAAUGGACGAUUUAGACCACAGCAUGCGCAUCGCAGAGUUCGACUGGAGCAGCUUUUACGAUGAAAGUGAAGAGUGCGUUUCGCUGCAGCCGGCGCUCGCCUGCCCCGACGACCUCAGCGAUUCAGACGAAUCUCUGAACUCCAGUUCCGUCUCCGGCAGCAGCCAGCAGGAGACGCAGCAGAACGCUGAGGUGGACAGUGAUGUAACAGAGAGCAACUCUGCAGGAUGUAACUGCACAGAGUCCUCGCUGAAGCUGGGUGAGAGCGGUGCACAUGUAACAGGUGCCACGCAGGUGGACUGUCCAGCAGGAAAUACCCUUGGCACAAAGGAGGCCCAUUUGAAGAAUGUAGAGGAGGUCACAGAGGACAGAAGUGACAACAUGAACACACUAGGUGCCGAGUGUUCAGAAGCUUCCAUAACCCGUGACAAUGUGCAACAAGAAAAUGCCAAAUAUGAGCCAAAUCCACUACAUGUGAAGGAGCCACACACUACAGAGGGAGCUGUGAGUGACAGUGGAAGUCAUGUCCCUGCAAGAGCAGAGAAGGAGCGCUGGUUCGUGACAGUGGAUUACACUCCUGUGCGGCCGCGGGCACGAGCCCCCACCGUGAAAAAAAAACGCAGGCAAAAAAAAACUUGUAAAAUCAGUCACACUCGCUGCCACAGGCAAGAAAUGUCCCCAGAAGAAGAAGAAGACACAGCGGGAGGGAGAGACACAGAGCGAGUGCGCUUCACUGAGUCAAAUCCAGAUUUGAGUCACACCUCAGGAUGGCGUCAGAGUGCCGACACAAAUCCUGAUUCAUGUGAGGAAGACACUGUGUCGGAAAGCUCGGUUCAUUUCUCCAAAGAAAACCUUUCGGCGACACAGGCGGACAAAAAUAUACCCAAACCAGGCCGAUCGGCAUCCACUACAACAUCACACGACACAUUUACAUCCAAAGCCCUCUCUCGGGCGCAGAGUGCUGAGUCAGACGAGUUCUCGUCCAUUCACAGUUGUGACUCUGAAAGCUAUUUGACUGCUGCUGAGUCAGCAGAGGAAGCUCUGCAUCUUCUCACAGGAGAAAGUCUUCAACCUGUGGAUGUGAUGCAACUGAGUGAGAGACAAAUGCACUCUUUUCACAGGGAUCUCUCCCACGUUGUGGCAGCUGUCAACCGUGACAGUGAUGAAUGCACAGUGGACGCUCGUCGUGCCCUGACAUUUCCAUCUGCCGGACAAAGAGCCAACGAAAUGCCAGACGACAACUCCACGUGUGACAUCAACACACACGGUGUGGGGCCCCGUGUGCGGUCAGAUGCACCGGGAGUCCAAAAACACGAUAUCAAUCCCGCAUCAUGUGGUAGCUCCUCGGGGGAUCAGCUCAGUCCUGUUCCUGAUUUAAUUGUAACACCGUGUCCUGUGGCCGACAGCCCCGAAACAUACGCUCGGCCCGUGUUUGCCAUUUCUGCCUUUUGGAACGAAAUGGAAAAAGUGACCAUAAAUGACAUUUUACAGCUGAGGAUGAGCAGAGACACGCCUCCCAGAGGAACAGACCAAACCGUGACAGAAAACGUUGACGAGAUAAGACACAGUCCUCUGGUUGACCGCGGCCUCGUGGAACUGUCCGACGCGGCCGAUUCCGACUAUUUCACACAGCCCGACGAGUCGAAGCCAGAGCGCUCGAGCUGCGAGUGCUUUUCCACCUCUGACUUUGAGGAGGAAGAGGAGGAGUACUGGCAGUUUGUUGGCACCAGUGGGAACUCCACUCCAGACCCUCUGGGCAAAAGCCAAGAGAGAACCAGCGACUCUUCCUUGUUAUCUUACGAAGAGGAGGACGAGUCCAUGAGCUCUGAAGGAACGCAGACGCCCGUGCCUUUGGAGAACUUUGCAUGUUUUCAAGGUCAGGGUCUUGCUUGGCCGGGGCAGAUGACAAAAAGCAAAAGUAUGCACAACGUACAAGCUCUCAUCAAAGAGGACGCGACUGACCCCUUGGGUAACGAUGAGAGCACGGUCCUGAGAGACAAGAACUGCCCGGAAACAUUAGCACCAGCGCUUUUCCUCUCCAGAUAUGACCCAGAUGUACUGGACGAACAUUUCCCAGAAGUGUUAGAAUACUUUUUCACAGAAGAUAAAACAAAUAAUAACGAGUCUGGGUGUAUCACCGUUUAUAAUCCAGAUGAACUCUCAGUAGCUCCCGUCUUUGAUUACAGUCUCUGUCCACUGAGGGAUGACGUUCCUCCGCUCUCUUUCCUCCUCGAUUCCCUCUGUAGUGACGACAAACCCAUCCCCAUCUUCUCCUGCUGUCCUCCGACCAUCAGAGAAAUCACGCUCCCAAAACCAGACUAUGUUUUCCUGAGGACAGAGGAGGAGGAGGGGGUGGUGAUGGACGACUUCUCUCCAAUCAGAGUCGUGUCUUGCUGUUUCGUCCAGGCCGAUCAGUGCGGGACACGUGCAACAGCUGCAGGUGGAUCUUACAGCUGGAAAACCGUUUUGAACAUGAGGGAGUUCGGCCUCCGUGGCAGGGGAAGCAUCUGGGGGAGAACGUCUGGCACCUGGAUGUUUCCACCAGACAGUGAAAAGCUAGAGGGAAAAGUCUUGGCCUUGACGGUGCAGCCGAGCAUACUGGAAACUAAAAAGACAGCAAGACAAGAGGGCAUCUUCUCGACACUGAAGCAGUCAGACAUGUGUUUGGUCUGCAUUGCCUUUGCCUCCUGGGUCCUGAGAUCUUCUGACCCAGAGAACGCAGACACCUGGAAAGCAGCUCUGCUGGCAAACGUGAGCGCGCUGUCGGCAAUCCAGUAUCUGCGGCACUACGUGAAGAGGAGACCUCGUCAAGACGAUCCCUGACAUUUUACUGCACGCGACAAGAGAAGCCAUUCCCAAAGCUGUUUCACCUGGGUCCAUCUAUGCACUGUAUGUACAGAAUAUAUAUAUAUAUAUAUAUAUAUAAUAGAACAACAGCUCAGUAUCUACUGUUUUAAUGAAUGCCAAUAAAACAAUAAAAUACAAUAAAACCAUGUUCAGGGAGAAGUUACUGAUUAGAUGUUAGAACAUAGUCUUUUUAAGUCAUAUGCAAGAAUUUUAAUCCCAAUGAUGCCUUUGUUAAGUAUAAAUGAAGAAAUCAUCUAUGUAAUAAAUGCAGUAGACGUAUUGCAGGUGAUUAAACUGUUUUUGUGGGACUUAACUUUGACUUUGGUUAAACCGAUGUUCAGAGGACCAUUACAUCUGCAAAGAAGCUCAUAGUUUUUGUCAUGCUGUGCCUUGUUAUGACAUGGAUGUGUAUGUUAAACAGCUGCAGUCACGCUUGAGAAGUGCAUUACGCCGUAAUAGUAACUUGUAUGAAAUCCUGCUGCUGCUCGUCUACAAGAAAGUCCUGAGGUCUGGAUUGUUUUUAUAUGUAAGAAAAGAUAGAGCUGGGGACACACGCCACAUCCUUCACAGUUGAUUUUGUAAAGACUCGAGUUCACACGAACUGACAGGUUUCAGCUGAUUUUCUUUUUUUAUGACGACUGGAAGACUGGGAGACAUUUUACGACUGCGUCUCAUGAUGGAUCACAGACUACGUGAUUUAUCAAACCAACUGAACUCUCAUGUCGUCGUCGCCUACUGACGCCAUUUCCUGUGUCUUUUUUUCACUGGCUGUUGGCGACAUGUGUUGGGUAGGUAAUCAGUACACUAGAGCUGAAACAAUUACCAGAUUAACCGAUUAUUAAUUGAUUACUAAAUGAAUCCGACUGUCCACAACUAGUCCCGGCUGGUGCAGACUCGUGAGUCGUGGGUAAAAUUGGGCAAAAUAAUCUUGUAGUGUGUCCCCAGCUUAAGGAAGGUGACUGCUUUGUGUGUGUGAUUGU